UAAUAGAUCGACACUCGUGGAGUUCGCUUCGUUUCCACAGAAGAAUACUUUUUCUUGCUGUGGGCUGUACUGUGUUAUCUGUAGUCUAGUUAGCCAAAGAGCCUGUUGCCGAACUUUUGAAGACGAAAAACGAUAACUCUCAGCAUGGGGGUGGCUGAAGAUUUCGCUCCCAGCUUUGUAAAGAAGCCACAGCUGCAUCAAGAAGAUGACGGUAAUCGGUUGAUAUUUGAAUGUCAGCUGCUGUCGUCCCCGAAGCCGGAUAUAGAGUGGUUUCGAAGUGACAAUAAACUAACAGAGGAUGUGAGAACCAAAAUAAAAGUUCAACCCAUCGGUGAUAACAAAUUUACGGUAGUAUUAGAGCUAGACGAUGUUGUAGAAACAGAUGCUGGGCUUUACAAAGUGAAAGCCAAAAACAAAUCGGGCGAGGUUUCUGCAUCAAUCAAUUUGAAUUUUACACGCGACGAGGCUCCUGUUCCUGAGAGUUCAGAUGGAAUUAAACCCACAUUUACCGAGCGUCCCGUUAUCCGGCAGAGCGAAGAUGGCGGAAAUGUAACAUUUGAAUGUAGAUGCGUUGGAGAACCCACACCAACGGUUACAUGGUCCCAUGGAGAGACAGUGCUAAGUGAGGGAAAACGCUACAAAAUGUCACUGACGCUGGAUCAGAAACUAUAUCACAUGGCGCGCCUAGAGAUAAGCAGCGUAGUUUCCUCUGAUCAGGGCGAGUAUAAAGCUCACGCGAAAAAUAAGCAUGGCUCGGGAGUGGCAACGAUUAAUUUAAAUUUCGAAAGCGCCAACGACGCGAACGGUUUUGCUCCAUCGUUCAUUGAAAAGCCGAGGAUUAUUCCAAAUGAGACGGGCACUUUGAUAACUAUGAGGUGCAAAUGCGCAGCAAAGCCAGAACCCACCGUAAAUUGGUACAGAGGGCAAGAUUUAGUGGAGAAAAGCAAAAAAAUAAAAAUAAACAGUUCUGUCAUCGCGGAAGACACCUAUGAGCUGACGUUGGAAAUAAAGGAUCCCGGCGCAACAGAUGGAGGAACUUACAGAUGUAAUGUGAAAAACGAGUACGGCGAAUCGAAUGCGAAUCUCAAUUUAAACAUUGAAGCGGAUCCCGAGCCCGAAGGCGAAGGUCCAACAUUCGUUGAAAAGCCUCGCAUUAUAUCUGAAAAUAAUGGCAAGUUGGUCAUCAUGGAGUGCAAAGUCAAGGCCGAUCCAAAACCAGACAUUAUGUGGUUCCGUAACGGGGAAGUCAUCAAAGAAAACAACAAACUGAAAAUGUCCAUGGAAUCGCGUGGCGAUCAUUACUAUAUUAAAUUGGAGUUGAUUGAUCCACAGUUGGAAGACUCGGGUCUGUACAAGUGCAACAUCAAAAAUACAUUGGGCGAAUUGAACGCUAAUUUGACGCUCAAUAUUGAAAUUGUGCCUGUUAUAAAAGAUAAACCCAAGAUAAUUAAAAUAAUAAAAAAACGAACCGUUGUCAUCGAGUGCGUAGUCGCCUCCAAAUUUGAGCCAAAAUGUACCUGGUAUAAGGAAAGCAAUACGGUUAAGGAAAGCAAACGCCACGUUUAUCAAGUUGAGAAAACAAAAGAAGGUGAAUUUGCCGUCAAGCUCGAGAUCAACGAAGUCGAGGAUAGUGAUAAAGGCGCCUAUAAGCUGAUUGCCAGCAAUGAGAAGGGUGAGGCAGUCUCUCAGGUUGUUAAUCUUGUUGACAUCCCAGAAGAAGAGCGCAAGCCCUGUAAGCCCGAGAUUGUGCGCAAGCUGGUUGACCAGAAGGUCACUGAAUCAAAAACCUUUGAGCUUAUAAUUAUUCUAAAGCAAUCAGAUCGUAAGUGUAAGGUUGAGUGGUACAAGAGUAGCACCCUCAUACGUGAGACAAAGGAUAUAACGACAACAUUUGAUGGUACAACGGCGCGAUUGACAUUUAGUAGUGCCAAAACGGAGCACACAUCAAUUUAUAAAGUUAUUGUGACCAAUGAGGCCGGUAAGGAUGAGUCCACUUGCAAGGUCACGGUAGAAAAGAAGGAUAAAAAGAAGGAUGAGAAAGCUGAGAAGGACAAAGAAGAAGCUGAAAAGAAGCGUAAGCAGGGAGCUGCCGAGCAUAUUGGUUUGAAUAAAGUGGAGCGUAAGGCCAGUAUUGUAUCUAUUAACGAAGAAUCAAAGUCUGAGGUACGUCGUAAGUCAAUAAUUAAAACAAUCGGGGAACCCUCUGAAGAAGCCAUAAAUAUAGUAUCUAGGAAGUCAUCAAUAGCGGCUGAGGAGAGUAUAUCAGAGUCUCGCCGCUCAUCUGUGGUUGAUAGGAAAGCCUUGGAGCAGGUUGAAAGCAAAAAUAUUGAGGGGAAAAAAAAUCCACAAUCUAUUAAUGAAGAAAUUCCAAAAUUGAAGCCAGCUGAAAAAAGGCGUGUUUCAAAGAAUGUAGAAGAGCCGAAGCCGGUAGAAGAAUUUCCAAAGCUGCGGAAGACAUCUAUUACACAGCCAAAGGAGGAACCUAAGCCAGAGGCUAUUAAGCCAAAAGCUAAAGCAAAACCUAAAGCCAAACCGAAAUAUGAGGAGCUGCCGGAAAUCCCAGAUUACGAGAGACCCAAACUCGAGAAAUACGAAAAAUCGGAGUUUACGCCCACCGAUUUUACUAGGGAGCUCGAAAUACCAAAUAAAAUGGAGAAACCAGUAAUAGAGAAUGCCAAAAAGUCAGCGGAAAUAGUUCCACAAAAGAAUGGCUUACCAAAGAAAUCUGAGGCAAUCGAAAAGCCGGCAGAGGAGCCAAAGAUUCUCAAAAUGGGUAAAGGUAAAUUGCCAGAUGUCGAAGAUACUAAAGAUGGCGCUACUCUUAAGCCUGUGAUUGUCGAACCAGAAAAAGAUAAAUCAAAAGAUGACGAUGAGACGAAUGAGGCUGUGAAACCAUCUUUGAUGGAUAUAAUAAAGCAAAGACGUCGUUCGUCAGUCAGAGCCUUGAUGACCAAGGAACCCAUACAAAACGAGUCCUUCCUCGGUGUAGUCUUGAAACCCGUAAUAAAGGAUGCUAAAGAGCAGGUUGCACCCCAACAAGCCAAGCAGUUACAUAAGGCAAAUGCAACGGAAGAGUUUAAUCCCACAAAAACAUCCAAAGCCCACAUAUCUGACCUGAAAAAACCAGAAGCCAUAGCAACCAUUGUUGACGAUUAUGAGCGGUCCCAAUUAGAAAAAUAUGAACGUAUUGAUAUUGAGACACUUAAACCUGAGAAAUUAACUCCUGUUGUUAAUACCCCGGACCAAGACCCACCUGAAGUGAAACUAACCGCCACAAAUCAAAAGGACGACAAGCCGAAGGUACCAAAAAUGCAGCCUCCAGCACCUGGUGAGCCACCAAAGAUAGAGGUGAUACGGGAGAAACGCCCGUCCCUAGCACCGGAGCCUCCAAGUCGACGCGGCUCACUAGUUCCCCCAGCCGAUACAGGUCGUCGACCAUCGCUUAUCAUUAAUGACGAGAAGAAACUCCGCCCCGGCGAAGUAAUGGAUACACGGUUGUUGAGGCCAGGCGAGGUUGGUGAAGGACAGCGGAGGCGUCCCUCAAUUGAUGUGCGUAGACCUAGUGUACAGGACUUGGAAGAUCUUAUUAAUAAGCCAUCUACUCCAUUGCGCGAUGUUGGCGAUGGUGGGCCACCAUCCAUUACAGAUGUUCAGGAGUCCUACUCAGUGGUUGAAGACUCGACGGCCUACCUUACAGUUACCAUUGAGGGCAACCCUGCACCGACUUUCAAAUUCUACAAAGGAGUCAGUGAGAUUCUUGAAGGUGGUCGUUACAAGUUCCUCACAGAUGGACAAUCAAAUUCAAUCACAUUGUGCAUGCGAAAGUGCAAGCCCAAUGAUGAAGGCAAAUAUAAGGUUGUUGUAUCGAAUAUACACGGCGAGGACUCGGCCGAAAUGCAGCUAUAUGUUUCCGAUUCCAGCGGCAUGGAUUUCCGUGCUAUGUUAAAAAAACGUCGUUAUCAAAAAUGGGACAAAGAAGAACAAGACCCCAAUUGGGGCGAUCUUAAAGAAACUGAAAAACCAUUGCCGGCUUUAAAGAAAGUCGAAAGGAAGGUAGAAUCAUUCCUUAGCCCAUUGAUCGACCAGUUCGCCAAAGAAGGCAAGGAUAAAAAGGUUGUAUUUGAAGCCAGAUUCAGCAAACCUAACUGCAAGCCCAAAUGGCUAUUCCGUAAGGAUGAGGUGUUUACAGGCAGUAAAUUCAAAUUCAAGCAGGAAAAUGAUACAUAUCAGUUGAUCAUAGCCGCACCCAAGGUAGAAGAUACCGGAAAAUACACAAUUGAGAUUGGAGGUGUGUCCAGUACAGCAUUUCUCAAUGUUGAGGAGGCAGAUCCAACAUAUACAUUUACAAAACCUCUGAAAAAGAAAAUUGAAGGAUUUACUGAACAUGAAACGACUCUGGAAUGUGCUGUUAGCAGUAGCAUGGCGAAUGUUCACUGGUUUAAGGACAAUAAGAAGAUUGAAUCUGAUGAUCCACGUUUCUUGAUCUCCAAAGAUAUUAAUGGCAAUCUGAAGUUGAUUAUCAAAGAUUCCUUAUUGGAAGACAGCGGUCAAUAUAGAUGUCAAUUAGACAAGCAGCCAGAUAAAACUGAAACUACAUUAAAGAUAGUCGAGUAUCCAUAUAAAUUCGUUAAAGUUCUCAAAUCGCAGCAAUGUAUUGAAAAGGACACAAUCACUUUAGCCUGCGAAAUCGAUGAUGCACAAGGUGAAGUGCAGUGGUUCCGCAACAACGAGGAAAUCAAGCCAGAUAAGCGAAUUCAAAUCCUCAAGGAUGGUCGCAAACGAAAACUGGUUAUCAAGGAUUGUAAGGUAACUGAUGCCGGUCAGUUCAAGUGUACAACUAAUGCUGAUAAGACUGAGGCAGAGAUAAUCAUUAAUUAUCAAAACCGAUUCAAUAAGAAACUCAAAGACACCGAUGCCGUUGAACGAGAGAAACUAGUGCUGGAUGUUGAGCUACAAGAUCAGACUGCUCCAUGCGACUGGAAGUUCAAUGGCGAGCCAAUAGUUCCAAAUGAGCGCAUUGAAGUUAAAAACUUAGGCGGAGGCAAGCACCAGCUAGUUUUCAAUAAUCUAGAGCUAUCCGAUGCUGGCGAAAUUACYUGUGAGUCCGGUCAACUCAACUCAACGUGUAAACUAUCUGUGCGACAGGGUGAGAGCCGCCCCAAUAUUGACUGUCCGGAUAAGUUUGCUGGACCAAUAAGUGCGCCUGUUAUUGUUGAGGUACCAUUCAAAGUUAGCGGUACUAGGCAAUCUCCAGUUGAGGCAAAACUAAUAAAGGACGGAAAGCCUUUGCCUGUCAAAGAUGUUGAGGUUGCGGUGACAGAUGAUAAGGUCACAUUUAAGAUUAAAAAGCCAUCUAGGGAUUUAUCAGGACCAUACCAAAUAAAGAUAUCAAAUGGACAAGGCGAAGAUACUAAAGAUAUAAAUAUUAUUUGUCAAGAUGUUCCACAACCCCCACUCGAUGUUGAUAUUACUGAUAUUUACCAAACAUCAUGUGUGGUUCAUUAUAAGCCACCAGCAGAUGAUGGUGGAAGUCCUAUUUCAAAAUAUAUUAUUGAACGUCAAGACUUGAGUAAAAAACAAGGCUGGGAGCCUGUCGCUGAGGCUCUGCCCAGUGAACCAUGUCACAAAGAGAUCACUGACUUAGUGCCAAAGAAGCAGUACAGAUUUCGUAUACGUGCUGUGAACAAAAUUGGUCCAUCGGAUCCAGCUACAUUUAAGAACUCAAUACUUGCAAAAGACCCAUGGGAUGAGCCUGGAAAACCUAAAGCCGUUGACCUUACUGACUGGGAUAGGGAUCACGCUGACCUUAAAUGGGAAGCACCAGAUAGUGAUGGUGGCGAUCCAAUUACCUCUUAUAUAAUUGAAUAUAAAGAAAAAUUCUCUAAUGAUUGGGUAUCCGGUAAUGAAGUGCCGGGAGAUGCUAGGGUCGGUACCGUUAAUAAUCUGAAGGAGGGCCAACAGUACGAAUUCCGAGUCCGUGCUGUUAAUCGGGCAGGUCCUGGCGAGCCUAGUGACAAGACAAAAGCCAUUAUAGCCAAAUGUCGAUUUGUUAAACCGUUUCUUGUUGGUGAUGGUCUUAAAAAUAUAACUGUGAAAAAGGGACAGACUGUACGUUACGACAUUAAAUAUGAUGGCGAACCCGAGCCAGCGGCUAGUUGGCAUAAGUCUAAUGAGCCUCUCAAGAUUGACAAUCACCGGAUUUGUCUUGAACAGCUCGAAAGGAAUUCAUCGAUAACUAUCAAAAAGUCUGUGCGUAAAGAUACUGGAAAAUAUAAGUUAAUAUUGACCAACAGUUCAGGUACCAUUGAAUCUGAAGCCCAAGUUAUUGUAUUGGACCGUCCAUUAGCACCAGGUGGGCCAUUUGAACCAGAAGAGGUUCGGGCUCAUCACAUUAAAAUGAAGUGGAAACGACCAGAAGAUGAUGGAGGCUGUGAAAUCACGGGGUAUGCCCUAGAGCGUAUGGAUGAAGAAACUGGCCGUUGGAUACCAGCUGGAGAAGUUGGUCCAGGCGAGACGUCGUUUGACUUUAAGGGUCUGACUCCAAAUAAAAAAUAUAAGUUCCGUGUCAAAGCUAUCAACAAAGAGGGUGAAUCUGAACCAUUGGAAACAACUGAUGCCAUUGUCGCCAAAAAUCCCUAUGACCCACCAAGUUCACCUAGCCAACCCAUUAUUGAUGAUUAUGAUAACAAGAGCGUCUCGCUUAAAUGGAAACGACCCCCAUCGGAUGGUGGACGUCCCAUAACGCAUUAUGUAGUUGAAAUGAAAGAUAAAUUCUCACCAACAUGGACUGAAGUUGCCAAAACUGAAGAUCCAACACCAGAAUGCAAAGUGGACGGACUCAAGGAGAAAAUGGUAUAUCAGUUCCGAGUGCGUGCAGUCAACAAGGCUGGCCCGUCUGAGCCGUCUCAACCCACAGACAAUCAUCUUUGCAAGCAUAAGAAUCUCAAACCACAAAUUGAUAGAUCAACAUUCAAACGUGUCACAAUCAAAAGUGGACGAACACACAAAUGGUCGGUUGACAUUACCGGUGAGCCGAUACCCGAAGUACAUUGGAGUUGGCGUGACGACGUUCCGCUAACAACUGGGGAUCGCAUAAGUAUCGAUAAUAUUGAUUAUCAUACGGAUUUUGUUAUAACGAAUGCCAAGCGUAAAGAUAGCGGUUUUUACACAUUGAAGGCAGAAAAUCGUAAUGGCGUUGAUCGCGAAACUGUUGAAUUGGUUGUCCUUGGUAGGCCAAGUUCUCCGAAAGGACCUCUGGCUGUCAGCGACGUUACAGCUACUGGAUGUAAAUUGCAGUGGAAAAAGCCUGAAGACGAUGGCGGUGUGCCGAUUAAGGAAUAUGUUGUUGAGAAAAUGGAUACAGCAACUGGCAAAUGGGUUAGGGUUGGACGGUCCCCAGGCGAAAAAGAACCACCUAGUUUUGAUGUUACAGGUUUGAAUCCUGGCUCUGAGUAUAUGUUUCGGGUAUCUGCUGUAAAUGAGGAGGGUGAAUCUGAGCCACUGACAACACUUGUUGGCGUUGUUGCCAAGGAUCCAUUUGAUGAGCCCAACAAACCAGGUACUCCUGAAGUUACCGAUUAUGAUAAUCAGAGUGUCAGCUUAAAAUGGACACCUCCCAAUAGUGAUGGUGGAGCUCCAAUACAAAAAUAUAUUAUUGAAAUGAAGGAUAAGAAUAGGCUGGAAUGGGAAAAGGCCCUAGAGAUUCCUGGUGAUCAAUUAGAGGCUACAGUUGCCGGUCUCCAAGAAUACGGCGAGUAUCAGUUCCGUGUCAUUGCAGUCAAUAAGGCAGGUCUUUCGCCACCAUCAGAUGCGAGCGUGCCACAAAUCGUAAAGUAUAAAAAAUUGAAGCCUCGCAUUGAUAGAACAAAUUUAAAGCCAUUGCUUAUUCGCGCUGGAAAGCCUAUCAAAUACGAUGUGCAUGUACGUGGCGAGCCUGUUCCUACAAUAAUAUGGUAUCAAAACGACAAGGAACUCAAGCCAGCAGACUUGCCAAGCAAUUGCGACAUUCAAAAUAUACCGCAUAAUACGAAAAUUUCAAUUAUUGAUACAGUGAGAAAGCAUACGGGCACAUAUAAAAUACGGGCCAUCAAUGAGCAUGGGGAGGAUGAAGCAACUGUUGAAGUUAAUGUUUUAGCACCUCCGGGUAAACCAAAGGGACCACUAGAUGUCAAAGAUAUUACUAAAGAUAGUUGCAAAUUAAAAUGGCAAAAGCCAGAAGAUGACGGUGGUAAGCCAAUUACAGCCUACCAAGUAGAAAAGUUCGAUAAGAAACAAGGUCGUUGGGUACCGGUCGGUCGUACCUCUGGCAAUGAUACUGAAUUUGAUGUCAAGGGCCUUCAGGAAGGUCAUGAGUAUCAGUUUCGGGUUAAAGCCAUCAAUGAGGAAGGUGAAUCUGAACCUUUGGAGACCGAUGGUAGCAUAUUAGCAAAGAAUCCUUAUGAUGCUGCCAGUAAGCCAGGUACACCAAAUAUUGAUGAUUAUAAUGAACACAUGGUUAAGCUAAAAUGGGAGGUACCCAAAGACGAUGGUGGUGCGCCAAUCACUGGCUAUGUUAUUGAAAGGAAGGAUAAAUUUUCACCCAUAUGGGAUGAAAUUCUUACAACUAACUCCCCUACACCUGAGGCAACAGUCGACGGCCUUACCGAAGGAAAUGUCUAUCAAUUUCGUGUUCGUGCUAUCAAUAAGGCCGGUCCUAGUGAGCCCAGCGAUGCAACACAGCCUCAUUUGGCGAAACCGAGAAAUCUUAAGCCAUCCAUAAAUCGCGAGAAAAUGAAGUCUGUUAAAGUACGAGCUGGUCAGACUGUUAAGUUUGAUGUUGAUGUUAAAGGUGAGCCAGCCCCCACUCUGACAUGGUUCUGCAAGGAAAAGGAAGUAACACCCAGUGGACAGUUACGAUUGGAUAACGAGGAUUACAACACGAAACUUAUGUUAAUGGAUACAUCACGGAAAGAUACUGGAUUUUAUAAGCUUAAAGCUGAGAAUAUGAAUGGUAUUGACGAAGCUGAAGUCGAAGUCAUUAUAUUGGAUAAGCCAGGAAAACCCGAAGGACCCUUGGAAGUCUCGGAUAUACAUAAAGAAGGCUGUAAGCUUAAGUGGAAAAAACCUAAAGACGAUGGCGGAGUCCCCCUAUCAGGCUAUGCUGUUGAAAAAAUGGAUACAGCGACUGGGAAAUGGGUACCUGUAGGAACUAUUGAUCCUGAAAAGUUAGAGCUCGAUGUCAAAAACUUGGAUCCUAAUCAUCGUUAUCAGUUCAGAGUAAAGGCCAUUAAUGAAGAAGGUGACUCAGAGCCACUCGAAACUGAUUCGGCUAUUACUGCUAAGAAUCCAUUUGAUAUAUCUUCACCACCUGGACUACCAGAACUUGAAGAUUGGGAUGAGCAUCAUGUAAAACUAAAAUGGGAACCACCAAUUCGGGAUGGAGGUUCGCCCAUUACAAAUUAUAUAAUUGAAGUCAUGGACAAGGAUUCGGGAGAGUUCGUUAAAGCAGUAGAAACAGAGGGUCCUAUUUGCAAGGGAGUCAUAAAAAAACUGGAAGAGGGCCAGCAGUACAAAUUCCGCGUUCGUGCUAUAAACAAAGCUGGUCCUUCGGAACCAUCAGAACAAACUAAUUGGCAUACUGCCAAACCACGUUUCCUGAAGCCCCAUAUAGACAGAACAAACCUAAAGCCUGUUAUUGUGAAAGCUGGUUUGUCUAUCAGCUUAGAUAUUAAUAUAAGAGGUGAGCCAGCUCCGAAGGUGGAAUGGCUGUUUAAUGGAUUACCUGUGGUUAGUGAUGAAGAAGGUAUUAACAUUGACAACGUUGAUUAUAAUACCAAAUUCUUUGUUAUGCGAGCCAAACGGCCACAAAGUGGCAAAUAUACCAUUAAGGCAACAAAUGAAGUGGGAGAAGAUGUUGCUGAAUUAGAUGUGACUGUACUUGGCAAACCAGGUAAACCUAAGGGUCCGUUGCAAGUUAAUGAUAUUACCAAACACAGCUGUAAGCUGAAGUGGGAAAAGCCUGAAGACGAUGGUGGGGCUCCAAUUGACUAUUACGAAAUAGAAAAACUGGAUCCACAUACUGGGCAAUGGCUACCAUGCGGCAAAAGUUCCGAGCCUGAAGCUAAGGUUAUUGGCUUACACGAAGGCAAGCCCUAUAAGUUCCGUGUACGCGCUGUCAAUAAAGAGGGCGAGUCUGAAGAUUUGGAAACAGAAAAGCCAAUUAUUGCGAAGAAUCCCUAUGAUGAGCCAGAUAAACCAGGUCGACCCGAGCCAACCAAUUGGGACAAGGACUUUGUUGAUUUAGCAUGGGAUCCUCCCAAAAACGAUGGAGGUGCUCCUAUUCAAAAAUACAUAAUACAAAUGCGUGAUAAGUCAGGUCGCGCCUGGGUAGAUGCGUCUACAGUUCCCGGUGACAAGACUAAGGGCACUGUGACCGCUGUUGAAGAAGGACAUGAAUAUGAGUUCCGUGUGGUCGCUGUUAAUAAAGCCGGCCCAAGUGAUCCCAGCGAUGUUUCCAAAUCUGUUGUAGCGAAACCACGUUUUUUAAAACCUCACAUUGAUCGAAAGAAUCUACAGAAGAAGAUCAUGCGCAGUGGCCAAUUGUUACACAUGGAUGCCACUGUUAAGGCCGAACCUCCAGCAAAAAUAACUUGGACCUACAAUGGCACUGAAAUAAAAAAUAAUGAUAAAAUUAAAAUUGAAAACGAAGAUUAUAAAACUACAUUUAUCAUGCCCAAAGUUAAACGUGCAGAUAAAGGUAUUUACAUAGUUACAGCUAAAAAUGAUUCUGGAGUGGACUCAGUUGAGGUCGAGCUAGAGGUAUUAUGUAAACCAAGUAAGCCAAAAGGACCAUUAGCCGUCUCCGAUGUGACGGCUGAGAAGGUACAUUUGAAAUGGGAAAAGCCUGAUGAUGAUGGCGGCGAGCCCAUAGAGCAUUACGUAGUUGAGCGUAUGGAUACGGAAACAGGCCGGUGGGUUCCUGUCCUAACGACUAAAAUUCCGGAGGCUGAUGUAACUGGCCUUACUGAAGGCAAAGAGUACUUAUUCCGUGUUAAAGCUGUUAAUACUGAAGGCGAAUCUGAGCCACUAGUAACUGACAUUCCAGUUACUGCCAAAAAUCCAUAUGAUGCUGCAGAUACACCUGGUAAGCCACAAAUAACGGAUUGGUCGGCAAAUCACGCAGAUCUGAAAUGGCGGGCACCAGAUGACGAUGGAGGUGCACCAGUUACAGGAUAUAUUGUUGAAAAAAAAGACAACAACACUGGAAAAUGGCAAAAAAUUCUGGAAACAAAUACACCCGAUUGUAAAGUACGUGUUAAUGAUUUAAUUGAAGGCACAAAAUAUCAAUUUCGUGUUAAAGCAGUUAACAAAGCCGGUCAUAGUAAGCCAUCAGAACCAUCUGACCAAAUGACUGCUAAGGAUAGAUUUGCGGCACCCAAAAUUGAUAGAACAAAUAUUAAGGACAUCAUCAUCAAAGCUGGCCAAAAUAUACGCUAUGAUAUUAAAAUUUCUGGCGAGCCACCACCAUCCAAGACAUGGUUCCAUAACAAAGCUCGUAUCGAAGAUGAUGACUACAAUAUUGAUAUGGAAUCAUAUCGUACCAAGCUCGCCGUGCCGUUUGCAAAGCGAUUACAUACCGGCAAAUACACUAUUAAGGCCGAAAAUGAAACUGGACAUGAUGAAGCCUCGUUUGAAGUGACCGUUCUCGAUAAGCCAGCAGCACCAGAGGGUCCACUGCGUGUAACGGAUGUUCACAAAGAAGGAUGCAAGCUGAAAUGGAAUCCACCUUUAGACGACGGUGGCGUGCCAAUAGAACACUACGUUGUUGAGAAACUAGAUGUAGAAUCUGGACGUUGGGUACCCUCCGGACGUUUCAAAGAACCAUUCGCUGAAUUGAAUAAUCUCGAUCCCGGUCAUGAAUAUAAGUUCAGAGUAUUAGCUGUAAACACUGAAGGCGAAUCGGAGCCAUUAAUUGGAGAGCAAUCGAUAAUUGCAAAGAAUCCUUUUGAUGAGCCCGGCAAGCCAGGUACUCCGGAGCCAGUUGAUUGGGACAAGGAUCGUGUGGAUUUGGUAUGGCGGCCACCUCAUAACGAUGGUGGCUCGCCUAUUAUUGGCUAUGUGGUUGAAAAACGUGAAAAAGGCACAGACAGAUGGAUUAAAGGAGUGGAAAUAUCUGUCCCAUCGCUUGGAGAAGAGUUAAAGGCUUCUGUGCCAAAUCUUGACGAAAACUGCGAAUAUGAGUUCAGAGUAAAGGCUGUUAAUGCAGCGGGUUCUGGAGAACCAUCUGACGCUAGCAGAUCUGUCUUAACGAAACCAAGAAAAUUGGCACCAAAGAUUGAUCGCAAAAACAUUCACACAUAUAAUAUUAAAGCUGGUGAGCCAGUAUUCCUCGACAUUAAUGUCAGUGGGGAACCAGCUCCUGAAAUUAGUUGGACCCAAAAUGGCAAAGGUGUUUUUCCCACAUCUGCGAGCCGCAUAGAAACAGUUCCCUACAAUACUAAAUAUAUCAACAGUAGGUCCGAGAGAAAGGAUACUGGUCUUUAUAAAAUUACAGCUCAUAAUCUUUAUGGUCAAGAUCAAGUCGAAUUCCAGAUCAACAUCAUAACUAAGCCUGGUAAACCGGUAGGACCGCUUGAAGUAUCUGAUAUUCACAAAGAUGGAUGCAAGCUUAAAUGGAAAAAACCUAAAGAUGAUGGAGGUGAGCCAAUUGAUAGCUAUUUGGUAGAAAAGUUCGACCCCGACACAGGUGUUUGGUUACCUGUUGGUAAGAGCGAUAUACCAGAAAUUACUGUUGAUGGCUUAAUACCCGGUCACGAGUAUAAGUUCCGUGUGAAGGCUGUAAACAAGGAAGGUGAAUCUGAACCGCUGGAGACAUUGGGCUCAAUAGUCGCCAAAGAUCCAUUUACGGUACCUUCCAAACCUGGCGCCCCAGAGCCAACAGACUGGUCAGCCAACAAAGCAGAACUUUCUUGGAAUGAACCAGCUAGUGAUGGGGGCUCCCCUAUCAUAGGCUACAUUAUUGAAAUCAAGGAUAAAUAUAGUCCACUAUGGGAAAAAGCCUUGGAAACGGACUCGCCUACCCCUAUCGCCACUGUGAAUGGGCUAAUAGAAGGAAAUGAAUACCAAUUCAGAGUAACUGCGUUAAACAAAGGUGGACAAUCAGAGCCAUCUGAUGCAAGCAAGACACUUAUAGCUAAGCCGCGUUAUCUGGCACCAAAGAUAGACCGCAGAAAUCUACGUGAUGUGACAAUAUCGGCCGGAACAGCGCUAAAGUUAGACGCUGUUAUCAUUGGUGAGCCGGCACCAAAAGUGGAUUGGAAAUUUUCGAAUUAUCCCUUGCAAUUUGGAAAAAAUACAACAAUUGAAACGCCCGACUAUUACACCAAACUUGUUAUACGCCCGACUCAAAGGGGUGACUCUGGUGAAUAUUUGGUAACAGCUACAAAUAGCUCUGGCAAGGAUAGCGUCCUGAUUAAUGUAAUAAUUACGGAUAAGCCCACACCGCCUAAUGGACCACUUCAGAUAUCUGAUGUACAUAAGGAAGGAUGUCAUUUGAAAUGGAAACGACCUAACGAUGAUGGUGGUACUCCUAUUGAUUAUUUCCAAAUAGAUAAGUUAGAUCCAGAAACUGGUUGUUGGUUACCAUGUGGACGAUCAACCGAGCCCCAGGCCGAUAUUACUGGUCUGACGCCUGGUAAUGAAUAUAAAUUUAGGAUAUCGGCUGUAAAUGCAGAGGGCGAAUCGGCUCCAUUAGUUGGCGAAGAAUCAAUUAUAGCCAAGAAUCCGUUUGACGAGCCUGGAAAGCCUGAAAAUUUAAGAGCAACCGAUUGGGAUAAGGAUCACAUCGAUUUGACUUGGAUGCCACCGUUAAGCGAUGGGGGAUCUCCAAUAACUGGCUAUCUCAUUGAAAAGAAAGAUAAAUAUGGUCAAUGGGAAAAGGCUUUGGAAGUGCCAGCUGAUCAAUGCAAGGCUAGUGUUCCUGACCUAACUGAAGGCCAAGCUUAUGAAUUCCGUGUUAGCGCCAUUAAUGCAGCUGGGCCAGGUGAACCAUCGAAUGCAACACCUUCCAUUGUUGCCAAGUCGCGCAAUAAGCCGCCAGUUAUUGAUCGCUCCAACUUAAUCGAAGUGCGCAUUAAAGCUGGGCAAACUUUUACAUUUGAUUGUAAAGUAUCCGGAGAACCAGCACCUUUAACUAAAUGGCUACUUAAAAAAAAAGAGGUGUAUUCAAAAGAUAACGUGAAAGUUACCCAUGUUCCCUAUAAUACCAAACUUAAAGUAACUAAUGCGACCCGUUCUGACUCUGGUCUAUAUACUCUGCUUGCUGAAAACGCUAACGGAGAAGAUAGUGCUGAUGUGAAAGUAACUGUUAUUGACAAGCCAUCCCCACCCAAUGGACCACUUAAAGUGGAAGAUGUUAAUGCAGAGAGUUGCACGCUGCAAUGGAAUCCACCAGAUGACGAUGGUGGGCAACCCAUCGAUAGCUAUGUGGUAGAGAAAAUGGACGAAGCAACUGGUCGUUGGGUACCAGCAGCAGAGACAGAUGGACCAAGCACUAGUUUAAAAGUGAUAGGCCUUACACCCGGACAUAAAUACAAAUUUAGAGUACGUGCUAGGAACCGUCAAGGUACAUCAGAUCCACUUACAGCACCUCGUGCCAUUGAAGCCAAAAAUCCAUACGAUGAACCCACCAAGCCGGGAACUCCAUCUAUUAAAGAUUUCGACAAAGAUUUUGUGGACUUGGAAUGGACAAGGCCAGAAAACGAUGGUGGUUCACCUAUAAGUGGUUAUGUAAUCGAGAAGCGAGACAGAUAUUCACCAGAUUGGGAGAAGUGCGCUGAAGUCGAUGGUGAUGUAACUAGCGGUCAUGUGCCUGAUCUGAUUGAUGGUGUUAAAUAUGAAUUCCGUGUCAGAGCAGUAAACAAAGCUGGUCCCGGUAUACCAAGCGAUGCGACUGAACCGCAUAUUGCGCGUGCCAAAAACUUGCCGCCUAAAAUUGAUAAGAACUUUAUGUUGGAUAUAAAAAUUCGUGCAGGAAACGUAUUUGAAUUUGAUGUGCCGGUUAGUGGAGAGCCCAUUCCAAGUAAGGAAUGGACCCAUGAAGAUAAUAUGGUUAUAAAUGCAGAUCGUGUGAAAAUCUCAAAUUUCGAUGAUCGCACGAAAUUGCGUAUUCUAGAUGCUAAACGGGCAGAUACUGGAUCCUACAAAUUGGUUGGCCGCAAUAUUAAUGGUAUUGAUAGCCAUACUGUUAAAGUGACUGUACUAGAUGUUCCAACUAUUCCCGAAGGACCACUACGUGGGGAUGAGGUAUCCAAAAACUCAAUGACACUGCGUUGGCGACCACCCAAAGAUGAUGGUGGCUCCGAAAUAACGCACUAUGUCGUUGAAAAAAUGGACAAUGAAGCAAUGCGUUGGGUGCCAGUCGGAGAAUGUGCUGGCACUGAGAUUCGUGCUGAUAAUCUUAUUGAAAACCAUGAUUAUAAUUUUAGAGUACGUGCUGUUAACAAACAAGGGCAAUCACAGCCUUUAACAACUAGUCAAGCCAUUACAGCUAAGGAUCCAUAUUCCCAUCCAGAUAAACCAGGUCAACCACAAGCUGUUGAUUGGGGCAAGGACUUUGUGGACCUGGAAUGGGCUGCACCUAAAAGGGAUGGUGGAGCACCUAUUUCUUCAUAUAUUGUCGAAAAGAGACCCAAAUUCGGACUAUGGGAACGUGCUGCUGUUCUACCUGGAGAUGAGCGAAAAGCCCACAUAGCCGAUCUAACAGACGGUGGAGAGUACGAGUUCCGUAUAAUUGCUGUGAAUCGCGGUGGUCAGAGCGAUCCAUCAGAUCCAUCUGCAACCAUUAUAUGCAAGCCACGCUUCCUGGCCCCAUUCUUUGAUAAAUCUCUCUUAAAUGAUAUAACUGUUCAUGCUGGUAAAUGUCUGGGCUGGACGCUACCAAUAGAAGCUUCACCACGACCAACAAUUAAAUGGCUUUACAAUGGCAAGGAAAUAGAACCAAAUAGACGAAUUGAGUCAAAUAUUUUCCAAAAUGAACUGACAUUUGAAAUACCCUCAGCGCUUCGGUCUGAUGAAGGACGAUAUACAUUGAUACUGAAAAACGAGCACGGUUCAUUUGAUGCAUCAGCACACGCAACAGUACUUGACCGUCCAUCAGUGCCAAGGGGUCCACUGGAUAUCACAAAGAUAACCAGAGAUGGCUGCCACUUGGGAUGGAAGGCACCUGAUGAUGAUGGGGGCUCACCAAUAUUGCAUUACAUUAUUGAAAAAAUGGACUUGUCCAGAGGAACAUGGUCAGAUGCGGGCAUGAGUACCCAUCCAGUUCAUGAUGUUAUACGUCUUGUUCAUCGAAAGGAAUAUUUAUUCCGUGUUAAGGCUGUCAAUGCAAUUGGCGAGUCGGAUCCAUUAGAAGCAUCACAAAGCAUUAUUGCCAAGAAUGACUUUGAUGAGCCCGAUGCGCCCGGUAAGCCAAGUAUUACCGAUUGGGAUCGCGAUCAUGUUGACCUACAAUGGAUUGCACCAAAAUCGGAUGGUGGUGCACCCCUUACCGAAUAUAUUAUACAAAAGAAAGAAAAGGGAAGCCCAUACUGGGUGAAUGUUGUUCACGUACCUCCGAAUAAGACUGCAGCAACUGUACCAGAACUUGUCGAGGGCCAAGAAUAUGAGUUUAGAGUAAUUGCUGUCAAUCAAGCUGGCCAGUCCGAGCCAUCCGAACCAUCGGAUAUGAUAACGGCCAAGCCACGCUACUUGGCACCAAAGAUUAUAACACCAUUACACGAAGUAUGUAUUAAGGCCGGACUUAUAUUCCAUAUAGAUAUAGAUUUUAUUGGCGAGCCAGCACCAGAGGCGAUAUGGACGCACAAGAGUAAUGCAUUGCGCUCAAAUGAAAGAUCAACCAUUACCACAAUAGGACACCAUACUGUUGUCCAUACUGUUAAUUGUCAACGUACAGAUUCUGGAAUUUAUCAUUUGCUAUUGCGCAAUGAUUCUGGCAUCGAUGAGGGUAGCUUUGAACUGAUUGUUCUCGAUCGUCCCGGCCCACCUGAUGGCCCAUUAGAGUACGAAGAAAUAACUGCUAACUCUGUGACCAUAUCAUGGAAACCACCAAAAGAUAAUGGCGGAUCUGAAAUAUCUGCAUAUGUCAUCGAGAAAAGGGAUUUAACACAUGGUGGAGGUUGGGUACCUGCUGUUUCGUACGUUAACGCUAAAUACAAUCAUGCAGUUGUUCCGAGACUCUUAGAAGGUACGAAAUACGAGUUUAGAGUAAUGGCUGAGAAUUUGCAGGGACGUUCCGAUCCAUUAGCAUCGGAUCAGCCUGUUAUAGCUAAAAGUCAAUACACCGUCCCUGGAGCACCAGGUAAACCAGAAUUAUUGGACAGUGAUAAAGAUCAUAUUACUAUCAAAUGGAAACAGCCCAUAAGCAACGGUGGCUCACCCAUAAUUGGCUAUGAUAUUGAGCGUAGAGAUGUAAAUACUGGCCGGUGGAUCAAAAUUAAUGGAGAGCCAACUCCGACCGCCGAAUAUAGGGAUGACCGAGUAUCACCAAAUCAUCAAUAUCAAUACAGAGUAUCGGCAGUCAAUGCAGCCGGAAAUGGCAAACCUUCAGAGCCAUCAUCUACACUCAAUGCGCGCCCCAUGCGGGAGAAGCCAAAACUCCAUCUCGAUGGCUUGCUCGGCAGACGUAUUAAAGUACGUGCUGGUGAACCAGUCAGUGUUCAUAUUCCGAUCUCUGGUGCACCAACGCCGACGGUUGAAUGGAAGCGCGGGGACAUAAAAUUAUCAGAUGGUAGUAAAAUCUCAUUCGACACAAAUACGGAGCGUACAAUUUUCCGUAUUGAUGAUUCAACUAGGAAAGACUCUGGAGUAUAUAAAAUUACAGUAUCCAAUGAAUUCGGAAAAGAAUCUGCUGAUAUUGAAAUAAUAGUAGUUGAUAAACCAGGGCCGCCCGAAGGUCCCCUGACCUACACUGAGAUAGCACCUGAUCACAUUUCAUUGCAAUGGAAUUUACCGACAGAUGAUGGUGGCAGUGAUAUAACAGGCUUUAUUGUUGAAUUUACAGAGUUUGGUGUUGAUGAUUGGAAGCCUGUACCUGGCUACUGCCCGAAAACAAAUUACACAGUCAAGGGGCUAACUGAAGGAAAAAAAUAUUUAUUCCGUGUCACAGCUGAGAAUAUAUACGGCAUUUCCGAUGCUCUCGAAGGUAAGCCAGUUGUAGCAAAGUCCCCAUUCGAUCCACCAGGUUCACCCACACAGCCUCAAGUUGUUGGAUAUACCCCAAGCUCAGCAUCAUUGGAAUGGCAUCCACCAGAUUAUUGCGGCGGAAAACCGAUUUCAGGUUAUAUUGUAGAAAGACGAGAACGCGGUGGCGAAUGGAUUAAGUGUAAUAAUUAUCCAACGCCGAAUACCAGCUAUACAGUGCCCGAUUUACGUGAAGGCUCUAGAUACGAGUUCCGUGUAACUGCUGUCAAUGAAGCUGGUCCCGGCAGCCCAUCAAAGCCAUCUGAUCCUAUGUCAGCUGAACUACAACGCUAUCGUCCUGAUCCACCCGAACCACCAAAGGCCGACCGCAUCACAAGGGAUAGUGUUACAUUAUCCUGGCGGCCUCCACGAAACGAUGGAAAAUCCAAAAUCAAAGGCUUUUAUAUUGAGCAACGACCUAAAAAUUCAAAAGAUUGGAAGCCAGUUAAUGACAUACCAAUUAAUUCUACUGUGUUUACGGUACCAGAUUUGAAAGAAGGCGAAGAAUAUUCAUUCCGCAUUAUUGCAGAAAACGAUGUUGGACGGUCAGAACCUUCCAAACCAUCACAGCCCAUACAAAUUGAAGAACAGCCCAAUAAGCCAUGCAUGGACUUAGGUGGAGUUCGCGAUAUAAUUUGUCGUGCCGGAGACGAUUUCAGCAUUCACGUACCCUAUGUUGCUUUCCCGAAACCGACAGCAUUCUGGUACUCAAAUGAUAUUGUGCUGGAUGAUGACAAACGUGUGCACCAGCAAUUAACUGAUGAUGCUGCUUCAUUCGUUGUAAAGAACUCAAAGCGAUCGGACUCAGGGCAGUAUAGACUACAGCUUAAAAAUCCACACGGCUAUGAUACGGCUACCAUUAACGUAAAAGUCUUGGAUAGACCUGGAGCACCAAGCAAUUUGCGUGCUGAUGAAUUUGCGGGUGAUUCUUUGACAUUAUAUUGGAAUCCUCCACUGGAUGAUGGUGGCUCUCCUAUUCAGAACUAUAUUGUUGAGAAAAAAGAGGCCCGUUCUUCAACUUGGACAAAAGUCAGUAGCUACUGUACUGUGCCAUUUGUACGUGUACGUAAUCUGACAAUUGGUAAGGAAUAUGAUUUCCGAGUAAUUGCGGAAAAUAAAUAUGGUGAAUCAGAUCCAGCCACAACGUCAGAGCCCAUCAGAGCAAGGCAUCCAUUCGAUGUACCUAAUGCACCUGGCAUACCUCGCGGCAUAGAUUCAACAGAGGAUAGUAUUACGAUUGCCUGGUCUAAGCCCAAACAUGAUGGUGGAUCACCAAUAACCGGAUACGUAAUCGAGAAGCGACUUUUGAGUGAAGACAAAUGGACAAAGGCUGUUCAUGCCCUCUGUCCAGAUCUUACCUGCAAGAUACCCAACUUAAUAGAAAAUGCAGAAUAUGAAUUUAGAGUUGCUGCUGUCAAUGCGGCGGGUCAAUCACCAUUUAGUGCAUCAAGCGAGCUUAUUUUCUGUCGCCGUCCGCCCCACGCGCCAAAAAUAACAUCUGACUUAUCUAUAAGGGAUAUGACUGUAAUUGCUGGUGAUGAAUUCCAUAUAACUGUACCAUAUCAUGCGAAUCCACGGCCAACACCUUCUUGGAAUAUCAAUGGUAUCGAAGUAUCAGCCAAUGAACGCAUUCGAUUCGAUACAGAUGAUUACAGCUCAGUUUACCACAAUAAAUGUGCUAAGCGUUCGGAAACUGGAUCCUAUACAAUUACAUUAACAAAUAGCAAGGGCUCCGACACAGCAUCCUGUCAUGUGACCGUUGUUGACAGACCUGGUGCACCACAAGGUCCAUUGAAUGUCUAUGAUAUUACACCAGAUACGUGUACACUAGCUUGGAAGACACCACUUGACGAUGGUGGGUCACCAAUCACAAAUUAUGUGGUUGAGAAAUUGGAUACUAGUGGUACAUGGGUAAAGGUUAGCAGUUUUGUACGCAAUACACAUUACGAUGUAAUGGGCCUGGAACCCAAUCACAAAUAUCAUUUCCGUAUAAGAGCUGAGAAUCAAUAUGGACUAUCAGAGUCACUAGACAUGCCUGAACCCAUAACUGCCAAACAUCAAUUCACUGUUCCCGAUGAACCUGGCCAGCCGAAGGUAAUUGAUUGGGAUUCUGGCAAUGUAACAUUAAUAUGGACACGUCCAGCCAGUGAUGGUGGCUCUCGCAUUCAGGGUUAUCAAAUUGAAUACCGUGACAUCGUCAAUGACUCAUCAUGGAAUACCUAUGAGUAUUUAAUAAAAGACAUUAAAUAUCAAUUGUACAACUUAACGAAUGGUAGCGAAUAUGAAUUCCGUAUUAAAGCGAAGAAUGCUGCUGGCUACAGUAAACCAUCUCCUCCAUCAAUGCGAUUCAAGCUGAAGGGUAAAUUUAAUAUACCAUCUCCUCCAGGUACACCACAGGUUAUGAAAGUGGGCAAGAACUAUGUCGAUCUAAAAUGGGAGAAACCACUCAGCGAUGGAGGCUCUCGCAUUACUGGUUACAUUAUAGAGCGUCGAGAUAUUGGGGGUGCUGUUUGGGUUAAAUGUAAUGAUUACAAUGUUCUCGAUACUGAAUUCACAGUUAUUAACCUUAUCGAAAUGGGCGAUUAUGAAUUCCGAAUUUUUGCUAUUAAUGCUGCAGGACGCUCAGAGCCCAGCCAUUGUACUAUGCCCAUUAAGGUCUGCGAAAUUUUAGGCGGCGAGAAGCCAGAUUGGAUAUCGAGAUUACAAGACAGGAUUGCACCUUGUGGCAAAGACUUUACGUUACAGUGCGCUGCAUCUGGUAAGCCAAGUCCCACAGCAAGAUGGUUGAGAAAUGGUAAAGAAAUCCAGAUGCAGCCUGGAGGACGUUUCACAUGUGAUAGUAAAGACGGUGCCUUCCGUUUACACAUCACAAAUGUGCAAUCUGGCGAUGAUGGUGACUAUACUUGUGAAGCGAUAAACUCGCUUGGAUUUGUGCAUACAUCUAGUUAUCUUAAAGUUGGCUCACCACCGAUUAUAAACCGAUGCCCCGAUGAGUUGUAUUUACCAGAGGGCGAUAAUACAAAGAUUAAGAUUUACUAUUCAGGCGAUCAGCCACUUUCAGUGAAGAUAACCAGAAAUAACGAGCUCAUCUCCGAUGUGGCUGACGAAUCUCAUUUUAAAUAUACUGUCUUUGAUGAUUAUAUUGCUAUAUUUAUUUGCGAUAUCGUUAAGACCGAUGGUGGCAACUAUCAAAUUGAGCUCAGCAAUGAUUCUGGUAGUGCAGUCGGACGUUUUGAUGCACGUAUUACCGGAUUGCCUUCAGCACCCGUUGGACCAAUAGGAAUUUCACAUAUCAACAAGCAUUCGUGUAUAUUAGCCUGGCGUCCACCAGUGUAUGAUGGUGGUCUGAGAAUAACUCAUUAUGUGGUUGAACGGAAGGAUAUAUCGUCACCCCAUUGGAUCACUGUGUCCAGCACCUGCAAGGAUACAAACUUCAAUGUGCAAGGUCUGAUCGAAAACCAAGAGUAUAUAUUCCGCGUAAUGGCUGUUAAUGAAAACGGCAUAGGCUCUCCAUUAGAAGGCUUAAAUCCAAUUCGUGCCAAGGCACCAAUCGAUCCACCAUCACCUCCUGGCAUUCCUGACAUUACAGAGAUUGGUGGAGACUUUGUCCAUUUAGAAUGGAACAAGCCGGAGUUGGAUGGUGGUAGCUAUAUACAAGGAUAUUGGAUUGAGAAACGAGAAAUUGGCAGCGAUACUUGGCAACGAGUUAAUCAAAUUAUUUGUGCUGCAAAUCAAAUCAACUGUCAUCAUUUGAUUGAAGGUCGUCAGUACGAAUUCCGCGUAUUCGCACAAAAUACAGCUGGACUAUCGAGACCGUCGACCGCCUCGCAGGCCGUUAAAAUAGUCGAUCCAAAGGCGGCAACACCUCCUGUUGUUGUGAAGCCACUACGUGAUGCGAACUGCAUACAAAACCAUAAUGCACAGUUCACAUGUGAAAUCACCGGAGUUCCUCGACCUACCAUAACUUGGUAUAAAGGAGCGCGUGAGAUUACGAGUGGAGCUCGCUAUCACAUCUAUUCCGAGGGUGAUAAUCACUUCUUGAAUAUUAACGACGUAUUCGGCGAAGAUGCUGAUGAAUAUGUUUGUCGUGCCGUAAAUAAAGCCGGUGCCAAGUCAACACGUGCAGCUCUCGCCAUUAUGACUGCGCCGAAGUUGAAUGUUCCACCACGAUUCAGAGACACUGCUUACUUUGAUAAGGGGGAAAAUGUUGUCAUUAAAAUACCAUUCACUGGUUUCCCCAAACCCCGUAUUAAUUGGGUAAAGGAUGGAGAUAAAAUUGAAUCUGGCGGACACUACAAUGUUGAAGUCAAAGACCGCCACGCCAUAUUAACAAUUCUUGAUGGAUCGCGGCUCGACUCUGGCCCAUACCGAAUAACGGCAGAGAAUGAACUUGGGUCGGAUACGGCUGUAAUUCAAGUGCAAAUCAGUGAUCGUCCAGAUCCACCACGGUUCCCAUUGGUUGAGAGUAUUGGCACAGACUCGUUAUCUCUAAGCUGGAAGGCACCUGUUUGGGAUGGUGGCAGCGAUAUUACAAAUUAUCUAGUUGAAAGGCGUGAGCAUCCACUUUCUUCAUGGAUACGUGUUGGAAACACUCGAUUCACUUCAAUGGCUGUUACUGGUCUGACACCUGGCAAAGAGUAUGAUUUCCGUAUAUUUGCCGAUAAUGUCUAUGGACGAUCUGAUCCAUCGGAGGUAAGCACACUGAUCAAGACGAAAGAUUCCAUUAAGAAGAAGCCCACAGAGCGUAAAUGGGAAUUGGAUGAAAACGGCAAAAAGAUACGCGGCAAGGCUGAUGGAGCAAUUAAAGACUAUGAUUCUUAUGUAUUCGACAUAUACUCGAAAUUCGUGCCACAGCCCGUUGAAAUUUCCCAUCAAAGCGUUUACGAUAGAUACGAUAUACUUGAGGAGAUCGGUACCGGUGCCUUUGGUGUUGUGCACAGAUGUCGGGAGCGUAGCACUGGAAAUAUAUUCGCUGCCAAAUUUAUACCCGUAUCACAUGCUGUUGAAAAAGACUUGAUUCGACGUGAGAUUGACAUUAUGAACCAGUUGCAUCAUCAAAAAUUGAUCAACCUACACGAUGCUUUCGAAGAUGAUGACGAAAUGGUUCUUAUACUUGAAUUCUUAUCUGGUGGAGAAUUAUUUGAACGUAUCACUGCAGAAGGAUACGUUAUGACCGAAGCCGAAGUUAUUAAUUAUAUGAGACAGAUCUGCGAGGGUAUCAAACAUAUGCACGAGAAAAAUAUUAUUCACUUGGACAUAAAGCCGGAGAAUAUAAUGUGCCAGACACGCAGCAGUACAAACGUGAAACUAAUUGAUUUUGGUCUGGCCACACGAUUGGAUCCUAACGAAGUCGUAAAAAUCACAACAGGCACAGCCGAAUUUGCAGCCCCUGAAAUUGUAAAUAGAGAGCCAGUUGGCUUCUAUACAGAUAUGUGGGCCACGGGUGUGCUUGCUUAUGUGCUCCUAAGUGGACUUUCGCCAUUCGCUGGAGAGAACGAUAUACAGACUCUAAAGAAUGUUAAAGCCUGCGAUUGGGACUUCGAUAUGGAUGCAUUUAAGCAUAUAUCCGAUGAGGGCAAAGAUUUUAUACGCAAGCUUCUUGUUGCCAACAAAGAGAAACGAAUGACUGCCCACGAAUGUCUGCUUCAUCCAUGGCUGACAGGCGAUCACAGGGAGCUAACACAGAAGAUUGCUCGCGAUCGUUAUUUAGCAUAUCGGGAGAAAUUGCGAAAGAAGUACGAGGAGUUUGAAAAGUAUCUAUUGCCUAUUGGCCGCCUAUCCGAGUAUUCAUCACUACGAAAAUUGUUAAUGGAGAAAUAUAAGAUUCAUGACGCCGUGUUCGAUCGUCGACAAGCUGCUCCUCGAUUUGUCAUCCGACCCUCGUCACAGUUCUGUUACGAAGGACAAAGCGUUAGAUUCUAUUGUAGGUGCAUCGCGAUUGCCACGCCCACGCUCACUUGGACACACAACAAUAUUGAGUUAAGGCAGAGCGUUAAAUUUAUGAAACGGUAUGCAGGAGAUGACUAUUACUUUAUAAUUAAUCGUGUCAAGCUAGAUGAUCGUGGCGAAUACAUAAUACGCGCCGAAAACCAUUACGGUUCCAGAGAGGAAGUAGUGUUCCUCAAUGUACAUCCACUGCCAAAGGAACAACCAAGAUAUAGAACCGAAUCGACGCCGGUUCGACGUCGUGAGCCCUUGCCCUAUACCUUCUGGCAGGAGGAAGCGGAAUCGGCACCCAAUUUUACAUUCCUAUUACGUCCACGCGUCAUGCAGGCCCGCGACACGUGUAAGCUCCUCUGUUGUGUAAGUGGCAAGCCCGUUCCUUCUGUCAAGUGGUAUAAGGAUGGGCGUGAGCUAAGUAAAUACGAAUAUGCAAUGACUCACUCCGAUGGCGUUGUCACAAUGGAAAUUAUUGAUUGUAAGCCCUCAGACUCUGGCAAAUACAGCUGUAAGGCAACGAAUUGCCAUGGAACAGAUGAGACAACAUGCGUCGUUAUUGUCGAAGGAGAAUGGGUUACACCUGAGCAGGCCGAACUUGCACACAACUUCCUUUACUCAGGAGAUCGAAAAUACAUCGAACAACCCAUCAAGCCGGCUCCUCCACCGAUUAUAACCACACGUCAAUUCACGUCGUCAAAUAUUUCCAACAGUUCACAUCAGUCAUCAAGCUCGACAUCGACGGCGGACGUUAAGAUGGUCACCAACAGCAACUCGACAACAAGCACAAGUUCCUCAUCGAUACAGAAUAGCAUUUCAGGCAAAAAGAAAUAUGCAGCCAGUAGCUUACAGGCACCCGGCAGUCCAUCACGAUCUCGUAGUGCUACUAAAGAGCUAAUACUUCCACCCGACGAUUCCUUAAUGUGUAAGCCAGAGUUCACUAAACCACUCCACGACUUGACAAUUCGCGAUGGCGAGCAGUUGCAGUUGAUGUGCCAUGUCAAGGGGGAUCCGGAGCCACAAAUCACAUGGUCCAAAAAUGGCAAGUCGAUAUCGUCAUCCGAAAUAAUGGAUCUAAAAUACAAAAACGGUAUUGCAACGCUCACCAUCCACGAAGUUUUCCCAGAAGAUGAAGGCGUCUACUCUUGCACGGCGACAAACUCAAUUAGCGCUGUCGAAACGAAGUGCAGGCUAACCAUUCAACCUCUGGACAAGCAGUCAAGCAAGCGACAGGCAACUGGCAGUGACAAGCCACCAAAGAUAGUAAGCCACUUGGAGUCCAGAUUUGUAAAGGAUGGAGACGCGGUUACUUUGGCUUGUCGUAUUAUUGGCGCCGAUCAUUUUGAUGUCGUUUGGCUGCACAACAAUAAAGAGAUUAAGCCAAGCAAGGAUUUCCAAUAUACGAGCGAGGCAAACAUUUAUCGUUUGCAGAUCGCUGAAAUUUUCCCAGAAGAUGGCGGCACAUAUACAUGUGAGGCGUUUAACGAUGCGGGGGAAUCAUUCAGUACCUGUACAAUCAAUGUUAUCGUACCUGGCGAUGACCCCAAGCAGCCGACAUUUGUUCAAUUUCCCGUUUCCGUUUCCGUUACGGAGGGAGAAGAUGCCCACUUCGAAUGUGAAUUCGAUGGAGAGCUGGUCAAUCUAGCUUGGCUAAAGGAUGGUAAACCUAUUGACGAAGCACGCACCAGAUACUCGUUCACCAAGGAUGGCAAUCGCUAUAAGUUCACUGUAAACAAAUGUACUUUAGAUGAUGUGGGACAAUAUCAGGCAAAAGCUUUAUCCAAGAAAGGUGAAACCCUGAGCGCAUUUUCGGUAAAUGUCCUCAGCUCCGAUGCCUAAACUUCAACAAAGCUAACGAAAAUAUAAGUUUAUUAGACUGCUCAUGAAAUAGAUAUCAUUUAUGUAUUUAAUGCACAUGGGAAAAAAAAUGAAUGAUACCCAAAAUAU